ACGUGAGCACGUAAGCGCCCCGUCCUGAGCUCCGGCUUGGUUUGGCGGAGAAGAUGGCGGCUCCUGGACCGGGGGAGUAUUUCAGCAUCGGGAGCCAUGUCGCGUGCCUCACCUGUCUGGGACAGCGCUUACAGGGAGAAGUCGUCGCUUUCGAUUAUCAGACCAAGAUGCUGACUUUGAAAUGCCCGUCGUCCAGCGGGAAGUCCCAUCUUAACGACGUCAUCCUGGUUAAUUUAGCCUACGUGUCCAAGGUGGACACCAUCAACGAGCGCAGCGGGACUCCGCCCCCUUUAGCGUCUCUCAAUUUCAGCAAGCUCGCCAGUAGAGCUCGGGCGGAAAAGGAGGACAAGUUCUUGCAGGCGUACGCAAUCAGCGCCGGAGUCUCUGUGGACGGCCAGCAGCUGUUCCAGACCAUUCACAAAACCAUCAAAGACUGUAAGUGGCAGGAGAAGAACAUCGUGGUAAUGGAUGACGUCGUCAUCACGCCGCCGUACCGAGCCGACAACUGUAGAGGCAAAGAGGGAAGUGCCUUAGGACACGUACGCAAAAUAGUGGAGAAACACUUCCGUGACAUGGACCAGAAGUCUGUGCCGCGUUCACAAGCACAGCAAACACAGAAGGACUCGGUCUUGGCGUGAGCUUCGCCAACGCUAAUUUUUUUUCCCGUUUUUUUGUUUUGGGGUUUUAUUUUGUAAUCUGCCUCGAGACCGCGGCCGAGCUCGAGGUAACCCCGCCUCCUUCGUCUUCGUCUCCAGCACGAGCGAUCUACACGAAGAACAAAAAAAAAUCAGAAAAACGGCCAAACCGACAGAAUAGAAGAAUUAGUUUUAGAAAAUAUUUAAAUUAACGAAGGAUUGUUUUUUUUUUUGUUUGUUUUUUUUUUGUCUGAAAUAAAUCUUCCUCACCUUCACAAAAUUGCCAAGACGACUGAACAUCAGGUGAACAUCGACCUCUCUGGUUGUGUUUUUUUUUUUUGGUGUGUUUGAUUUUUUUUGGUGACUUGAAAGGUACCGGACUUUUUGACGUUACCGGUGUUUAAAAACAGCGCUUUUACAGAGCAGCUUGAAGCGAGCGCGAGUUCAUUAUUGCGUACAUUCACACUGCAGCGACCUUGGGCUCCAUUUCCACCUUUCUCUCAUUAUUUUUGUAUAGAAGGAAACAAAAGCCCAGCACAGAGGUCGUGAGCUCGUUCAUGUCGCUUACGAGCUGCCGAUUCGCCACAGCACGAGAUCGGGUGUGUGUUCGUAUGCCUUCGAGACGCUCUGUCGGUCAGAUAAAUGUGAAACCGUGGCAACCGUAAGGUAAAGGGAAGCCGGCUCCGCCCACUGAGCGGCCUUAACGACGAUAAACACACAGGUGUUGUUGGGAAGUGAAAGGAAGCGAGCCGCAGUGUGAAUGUACCACCUGACCGUGGCGUCCAAUCGGAGCCCAGUUUCUGAACCUCAUCAUCAUCUCCGCCCUGAAACAGUAAAAUAUCUCUGACGUGUCUCUGGUGAUUCUGGUGCCGAUCAGUUGACCGCGGCUGUGUAACGACGUCGAGCAGAAGAGAUAAAGAUCAGAUUUCACUCUUUAACAUAAAAAACAAACACAGGAGCUUCUCUCACAGCUAUAUGGCGCGGAUGAGACUCGGCUCCACCGGUUCUCCAUCUACGAGGUGACGAGGGCGGUGCUGUUAUUAGUGUGGGGCGUUUAGGAGAACCGAUAAUAUGAGACGCAUCCUGUAAAAAAAGUCUAAACUAAAAGCCCAGAUCACAGAUUACUCUAAAGAGGAACCGAACGUUCUCCCUCGAUCCUCAGAGACGUCGUAGUAGAUUCCACUACAGGAUCUUCAGCUUCUCGUUACUCAAACACACCUAAACCUGAGGACCUCAGGAGUUUGUGGACACGUCCACAUCUUUUUUAUUUUUUUAUAUUAUUAUUAUUAUUAUUAUAAAUUCCUCUAAUAUCAUCAGGACCAGGUGCUGGACACGAGUCAUCUCAGAGUUCUACAAUAAACAAAUCUGCUUUCUCUAAAGGCUCGUAACAAGAAUCUCAAAGCUCAAAACCGCAGGAGCGACGUUCAAGUUUACAUGGUGUGUGAAACCCAGUGGAGAAACUCUUCCACAGCGAGGGACCUCCUCCACCUCCAUUACAGCUCUUAUAAUUAUAAUUAUCAUUAUUAUUAUCAUUAUUAUUAUAUUUAUUGUCUCAUUGUGAACAAAGGCGGCGUUUCUUCACUUCUGUGCAGCAGAAAGAUGGAGGUUUUUUUCACAGCGGUGUUCAUUCAGGAUCGGUGCAUUUGACCUCUUCACAUGUUCAGACAUGGGAUAGAUUUUUUUUCUUUUUUCUGUUUUUUUGCAGUUCUCGUGUCUCGAGACUGAACUGGAAGGAGUCCGAUGUGACAUUGUGAAAACCUCUUGAGUCAUAACAGGACCUCUUUUUUUUUUUUUCUUUUUUUUUCUCCCCAACACGUCAUUCUGUGACUUUAUUUAGCGAGUGAUACUGAUCUCCUUUCUGAUCGAGAAAACCAGACCUAAAGCACGUAAAGGAGCUGCCAUGUUUCAGACCGAGACUGAGGAGGUGCGGCGGUUCUCACGGUGCUCCGGCUCACGGCGUCCUGAUACGGAGUGUGGCAUCAGACCGCGGCUGUCGUCGGUGCUCACGCUUCACACGGCCAACUCUUAACAAGCCCUAACAAACCCGUCGUCACUUAGGACUCUUUCUGUUUCAUUUUUAAAAACAUAACAUUAAAAUAACCAAUUAAAAAAAAAGGAAAAGAGAA